UGGGGCAUCGCCAGUCUAUAGUCUGUCCUUUGCCGAGAACAUCGCCGCCAUGUCCGUGAAGAUGGAAGAGAACUCGAAGAGCCGCCAGCUCUCCCAGUGCAACGAGGACGCAUGGACCACUCUCGCCCGCAUCUCGGAAAUGAUGGGAGACGAUGAAAACAUGCUCAUGUCGUACGAAAAGGUGUUGUCGCACAACCGACUGAACCCCGCCGCACUGUAUGGCAUUGGAUGCUGCUACGAGAAAGCUGAAAGCUACAACAAGGCCGCCGAGUGCUUCCGUGGCCUGGUCAGCCUUGGUGGCGAGCAGCAGAACAACACGGAUGCGUGGGGCCAUUUGGGAUAUUGCUACAUGAUGUUGAACGAUUUGUCCAACGCCCACACUGCGUACCAAUACGCCAUGUACCAGAACCCGCGGUCCCAGAGCGACCCGACGUUGUGGUUUGGCAUCGGACAACUGUACGAGCGGUCGGGGUCCUUGGAACACGCUGAAGAAUCGUUCCAGGCGGUGCUCAACUUUGAACCUCCGUUUAACAUGGCGUUGGAAGCGCGGAUUCGCCUCGGCAUCAUCGCCAAGCAGCGCGGCGACCUCGACGUAGCGAUAGAGCGUCUCAAGUCCGUCUUGCCAAUUGCGCAAACGAACGACAUGCUGAGCGACGUGUGGACGCAAAUUGGCCACGUGUACGAAAUGAAGUCGGACGUGCCACUUGCCCAAAGCUCGUACAUGAAGGUGGUUGAGCUCAACCCGACCAAUGCAAAACCUUUGCAGCAGCUCGGCUGGCUUUGCCUCAAGCACAAUCAGCACGUGGAGGCCAUCAAAUACCUCAAGAAAGCCGUCUCGAUCGACAUGCAAGACGGUAAGGGGUGGUACCUCCUCGGCCGGUGCUACAUGGCCGUCCGAGAGUUUGAAGAAGCGUAUGACGCGUACAAGCACGCUGUCAACUUGGAUCCGUCCAACCCGAACGUGUGGUGUUCGUUGGGCGUACUCUUUUACCAGCUGAACCAGCACUUGGAUGCGCUCGAUGCAUAUUCCCGAGCGAUUAACAUCAACCCCAACAUUUGCGAAGUCUGGUACAACGUCGGUACACUAUAUGACGCGUGCAACCAAACGAACGAUGCCCAAGACGCGUACCAAAAGGCGGCCGAGUUGGGCGCGGACGCCCAGUUCAUCCGUGAGCGCCUCGACCUUCUUCGAGCUCGGGAAGCCAACCAGCCUACGACGGGCAUGCCUGGUGCCAACGCAUCUCCCGGUCCAUCGGAACCGCCGACCACAUCCCCCAUGCCGUCAUUCACGUCCAAGAGCACUCCUCCUGCCUCGAAUCCUGCUCCAGCGCCGCAACAAGGUGGCAGUCUGCAGCAGCCACUCCCUGGUAGCAACCAAGGUCCAUCCAUGGGUGGCCCUCCUAUGUCCGUGCCGCAUAACAUGGGAGGAGGCCCUUCGCAGCAAGGAGGAAACCCUGGCUCAAUAAGCGGCGGCGGCCCUUACAACCCCAACACCGGUGGCGGUGCCCCAGGAAUGAUGGGUGCGCCAGGAGGGAUGCCUCCUAUGCUGGGGCAAGGUCCUUCUAACAGCAUGCGCCCGAUGAGUCAUCGUGGCGGUGGCCCCAUGGGCGGACUGAGCGGUCCGAUCAGUAGUGGUGGCGGCAACAUUGGCAUGGGCGUUCCCCGUGGCAUGAUGGAGCCUCAAGGCCGCCGAUAAGUACUCGAAUUCCACAUCCUGGUGUGGCAUGACCCCGAAUUUAUUGCAGCACCAAUUCAGACGUCGCUAUGUUUCGUUGCCGUGUUGGGUUGUUUGGUACACGAGGCGUAGUCGCUGGACGUGAUCGCGCUGCAGUUGUAGUUUCAAUUCGGCCAAGUGGAGCUACACACUCGAGUUAGA